AUGAGGGUCAAUGAUCCGGACGAGACUCUGCAAAAUCUUGCGCGCCAGGCCGCCGAGGCAAUGGCUGCACUUCAUCGCCAUGGGAUUUGUCAUAGAGAUUUCCGCCCAGAGAACAUUCUGCUUCGUCUAGAUCUAUCUGGUAUGACGGAGACAGAAGUCCUCGAUUCUUUCCAUGGAAUCGAGAUCGGAGAGGUGAGGGCAAUCGAGGGAUAUAAGACUGGUCCACACGCACCGAGAUAUAUCGUUUUCUCUCCUGACGAGUACUUAUACGAACACAAGCGUGCGAUAGAGAAGAUUUGCGUGAUCGACGUUGGAGAAGCAUAUCUCAUGUCAGACCAGCCAAGACAGGACGCUCAUUACAAGCAUGAAUACGCCGCACCAGAGCUCAUUCUGGAGGUGGGAUGUAACGUCGGGAAGCAUGAGCGCAUGCUCGAACCGGGGUGCGGAGCUGCUAGUAACGUAUGGGCGCUGGCCUGUAUGAUCUGCAGAGUCCGCACCGGAUACUGCCUAUUCUGGUUGAAUGACGAUACCAUGAGCGAGGCAUUCAAGCGGUUCCGUGCUAUUCUAGGCCGUUACCCGAACCGUGGUCAACUGUGCUGGAAGAGUGGGAAAAGAAGAUCAUUGAAGAGAAAGAUGUUGACACGCAACGCAGACUUCUCCCUGUCAACAAGGGCCUAA